CUGGCUGUAUCUAUCGCUGUAUUACGAGGAAGAGAGUCCAGUGUCUUCCGGGCUGGACAAACACCUUAUCGAUCAACUCCCCAUCCGCCACCCGGAGUUGCAAUCCUCAGCCCAAUCGCCAUCAUGGCUGCCCAAGCUCAUGUCUAUCCUCCCAAAGUGCCAGACUGGCAGAACCUCGAGGUCAUCCACCGCAACACGUUGACCCCGCGUCCCCACUUCUUCGUCUAUGACGACGAGUCUUCCGCACUCACCCGUGACUCCAGCCGAGCCAGGGUGCAAUGCCUGUCUGGGUCAUGGAAGUUCCACUUCUCCAAGACACCCCUGGAGGGACCGGCUGACUUCUUCCGCCAUGGCUACAACGCUGCAGCUUUUGCUGAUGUCCAAGUCCCCGGCAUGUGGCAGCUCCAGGGCUACGGAAAGCCGCACUACUCCAAUGUCGAGUAUCCUUGGCCGGUCAACCCGCCCUUUGUGCCCCAGGAGGACAACCAGUGCGGCAGAUACAUUACCAAAUUCCAUGUUAGCAAGGCUUUCGCAGACAACGCCCAGUUGAGGCUACGCUUUGAAGGUGUUGACUCCGCCUUUACCCUCUGGAUUAACGGCAAGGAAGUCGGCUAUUCGCAGGGAUCGAGAAACCCUAGCGAAUGGGACGUCACUGAAUAUGUCAAUGUUGAUGCCGACAACACCCUGGCCGUCGAGGUCUACCAGUGGUGCAACGGCAGUUACAUUGAGGACCAAGACCAGUGGUGGAUGUCUGGCAUCUUCCGCGAUGUCUUCUUGCAUUCUUUCCCCAAGGUGCAUCCCACAGACUUCCAGGUUGAGACCACCUUCGACAAGCACUAUCGGGAUGCGACCCUAAAAGUCAAGGUCGAGAUGAGCGCUAACUCUCCAGUGGAGAUUAAGCUGCUCGAUGGUGGAAAGGAAAUUGCCAAGGUCUCGAAAGACUUUAAGGCCAACAAGGUCCAUGUUUUCGAAAUACCCGUCAAGAGCCCGAGCAAGUGGACGGCUGAGACGCCAUACCUCUACGAGCUUGUCAUCGACUUCGGCAGCGUCAUCUCCCAACGUAUUGGAUUCAAGCAGACGGCUCUAGUCGACGGCAUCUUCCAUGUUAAUGGCAACCCAAUCAAGCUGCGCGGUGCCAACCGCCAUGAACACCACCCUGACUCUGGACGCGCCGUCCCACUAGAGUUUCUCAAGCACGACCUUCUCCUGAUGAAGAGUCACAAUCUCAACAGCAUCCGCAUGAGCCAUCAAAUCAACGACUUCCGGCUCUACGAUCUCGCUGACGAGCUGGGUCUCUGGAUCCUCGAUGAGGCUGACCUUGAAUGCCACGGCUUUGAACUGGCUAAUGGUAAUGACUGGGCAAGCUACACUUCUGACAACCCCGAUUGGGAAGCAUCCUACAUCGAUCGCGCAGUGCAGAUGGUCCAGCGCGACAAGAACCACGCUUGCGUCUUCAUGUGGUCUCUUGGCAAUGAGGCCUUCUACGGCCGCAAUCACCAAGCCAUGUACGAUGCCAUUCGGAAGAUUGACACAUCCCGUUUGAUUCACUAUGAGGGAGAUAAGGAAGCCAAGACCUCCGAUGUGUACAGCCGUAUGUACCCACCAGUCGAGACUGUUAUUCAAAUGGCUCUGGGUGUCUGCGAAGAGAGAAAGAAACCACUGGUUCUAUGCGAAUUCGUUCACGCCAUGGGCAAUGGCCCCGGCGCCAUCAAGGAAUACGUCGACGCGUUUUACAAGUAUCCCCGUCUGAUGGGCGGCUUCAUUUGGGAGUGGUGCAACCACGGCCUAAGGACAAAGACCGAGGAUGACGAGGAGUUUAUGGGUUACGGGGGAGACUUUGGCGAUAUCCCCAACGACUACAACUUCAUCAUGGAUGGCUGUGUGUUUUCCGACCACACCCCAACGCCCGGCUUGAUUGAGUACGCCAAGGCCAUCGAACCUGUUCAGACAUUGGCUCUUGAUGGCGACAAAGUCACCAUCAUCAACCGCUACGACUUCAUCUCGCUCGAUCACCUUGUCUGCUCCUGGGAGAUUGUGGGCGACGGAGUCAAGAUUCCAGGUGGCGAGAUUUCUAUUCCCGCAGGCAUCAAACCCCAUACCAAAGCUAGGGUCACCAUUGAUAAUCUGGAUGCCGCCAUCCCCAAGGACCUUGAAGGAGAAGCCUACCUCAAGAUUAGCUUCCGCAUAAAGGAUGCCACUCCUUGGGCUCCGGCUAACCACCAAGUCGCUUUCGGCGAGCUGCAACUCACCAAGCCCACCUCCCUAGCCACCCUCCUCUCUAGCGAGAAGCCAGCUUCGAGGCCCAAGAUUGAGCAGCCCUCGCCCUCCACCCUUUCGAUCACCUCUGAGUCUGGCUCAUCGGUUUGGAACUUCGACCUCGCGCGCGGCCGCUUGGACAGCUGGAAACGAGCUGGCAAAGAGCAAAUGAGCCAACCCCUGGAAAUUGACUUCUACCGUGCCCUGACGGACAACGACCGCGAGAUCCACGCCAAGGACUGGAUCGCCAAGCGUGUCCAUCAACUUAGGCACGACACCCGCGAGGUGAAGUGGCAUCAGACUGACGCCGGCGUGCAAGUCAAGGUCAAGGCUCGAGUUGCGCCGCCUGUGCUGGUCUGGGGCGUAGAUGUCACUUGGACCUUCACCAUCUCCGGCGAGACCAUGGCCCUGAAAAUCAAGGGUUCUCCUCACGGGCCCAAUCCCCCUACAUUCUUCCCUCGUCUGGGCGUCACAAUUGGUCUCACCGACGUCGCGGAAGUGUCUUGGUUCGGCCGUGGUCCUGGCGAGAGCUACAGAGACAAGAAGCUCAGCCAGAGCUUCGGAAACUGGAGUUCAACCGUCGAUGACCUGUUCGUCGACUACGAGUUCCCCCAGGAAGGAGGAAACCGAACCGACACGCGAUGGGUGCAGUUUAACGGCUCUGGCGCCAACCCGCAGCGUAUUCUCCGCGCACGGUUUGGCGAUUUGGAGGGCGCGUCGUUCUCAGCCAUGCACUACACGGGCAAGGAUCUCGACGAGUGCACGCAUCCAUAUGAGUUGCAUAAGCGAAAGAGGGAGGAUACCAUUGUGCGGCUGGAUUGGAAGCAUCACGGCCUGGGCACUGGCUCUUGCGGACCACCCACCUUGGCCAAGUAUGCGCUGAAGGUGGAGGACUUUGAGGUGGAAGUUUUGCUAGAUUAAGCCGGUUGAUGGCGAUAAAAAGGGAUAUUGUGGAGAUUGAAAUGGAAUAUGAUGAUUUUAUGAUUUGAA